ACGUCGUCGUUGGGUAGAUGUAAUUUAGUUUCUUGAGAGAGGAUCAGAUUAUUGGAAAAUAUGGCUGGAAGAAUCGCCCUGGGACGUUCCUUCGUCCGAAACUAUUCUGUCGAUUUAGGAAAGAAUUUCGACGUUUAUGCGUCAACAAAGGGGUCUGAAAAGGGGGUGAAGUUGUGGAGGAACAUUACCUACUUCGUGGCUUUACCGACAGUUGCAUUGGCAUUGUUGAACACCUAUUUGAUGGAGAAGGAGGAAGAGAAGACCCUGAGGAGACCUGAGUUCAAGCCCUAUGACCAUCUGCGCAUCAGGACCAAGCGUUUCCCGUGGGGCGAUGGCAACCACUCUCUCUUCCACAAUCCUCACAGAAAUGCCCUCCCCGAUGGCUACGAAGCUGAGGAGGAGCACCACCACUGAAAAAGUCAUCCUUAAAUUUUCAGUGAUAACUAAUAAUCAGUGAUUUCUAGAUUCAUUUAAUAAAUAUCACGUAUAAAUGUGAAUAAAUCAACGUUAAUAAAAAUUUAAACAAUAAAAAAAAUGUUCAAUUUCAA